AUGGAUUGCACUCCUGCUCAGAAGGUCAGAUAUGGAACUCAUAUGCUGGCUAAGGAAGCUGAUGAUUGGUGGUUGGAGACGCUUGCUAGGUUGGAGUUUUCAGGUGAGGAAGUCACUUGGAAUGUGUUCCGUAGGGAAUUUUUGAGGAAGUACUAUCCUGAAGAUGUUUGGGGUAAGAAAGAGAUAGAAUUCCUAGAGUUGACGCAAGGGAACAAGUCCGUGACCGAGUAUGCUGCCAAGUUCACUGAGUUGAUUAAGUUCUAUCCUCACUUUGAUGGCGAAGGUGCUGAAUUUUCUAAGUGCAUCAAGUUUCAGAAUGGUUUACGCUCGGAUAUCAAGAAGGCUGUUGGGUACCAAAAGAUCUGUUUAUUUCCUAAUUUGGUUGACAGUUGUAGGAUCUUUGAGGAAGAUAGUAAUGCUCAUCAUAAGAUGGUUAGUGAUAGAAGGGGCAAGAAUCAACAAAGCCGUGGAAACCGUAUGAUGCUGGUAAAGGGAAACAAAGAGUUAUUCAUGGUUAGAGGUCUAGUGGGAGAGAUGCUCCUGCUAGGAUUGUAUGCUUCAAGUGUGGUCAACCUGGUCAUAAGAGCAAUGCUUGUACUGCUGAUGUGA